UCAGAUUAUAAAUAUCCCUACAGGCCAUGUGCGCCCACAUAUAAUUACUCAAUAUACAUAUUUAUUUAAAAAUAAUGGAUACUUCACUUUAACAUUAUGGGGGGUAAGAAGCUUUUGUUUUUUUUCUUCUUUUUUGUAUUUUGUUUUUACGAACUUCAUAAGUAUUACUUAUUUGAAGUUAUAAUUAUUAGUUUAAAUAUAGAAGAAUAGAGAUUCAUCAAAAAAAAAAAUUAUAGAAGAAUAGUGAAAGAGAGAUGGCUGAGCCAUGGUGCUGUUGGUGGCCACUAACAAAACUAGUACUAUUUCACCUACUGAUAAAGUCAGCCUUUUCUGGGUUUGAGCAAGUAACAACAACACCACCAUUACCGAUUCUACCUCUGCCCUCAUUUUCCCAGCUCAAAUGGCAACAAAGGGAGGUCAUAAUGUUCCUUCACUUUGGCGUCAACACAUUCACCGGAUCCGAAUGGGGAACCGGGCACGAAAGCCCGGUCAUAUUCGACCCGAUUGAGCUGGACGCCAGCCAGUGGGUGGACACGGCGGUGGAGGCUGGAGUCUCACUGGUUAUUCUCACUGCGAAACACCACGAUGGCUUCUGCUUGUGGCCUUCAAAAUACACUGAUCACUCCGUCGUAGGAAGCCCUUGGAAGAAUGGCCAUGGCGAUGUCGUUGGAGAGCUUGUAGAUGCGGCUAAGAAACGUGGUAUCGACGUGGGGCUUUACCUUUCCCCGUGGGACAGGCACGACCCACGCUACGGUCAUGAUUUGGCUUAUAAUGAGUACUAUUUAGCACAACUACAAGAGCUACUCAAAAGGUAUGGGAGUGUUAGAGAAAUCUGGUUCGAUGGUGCGAAGGGUGCAAAUGCUGUGAACAUGUCUUAUUAUUUCACGGAAUGGUUUGAUAUGGUAAAAGAAUUACAAAGCUCAAUCAAUAUAUUUUCGGAUGCUGGUCCUGAUGUCAGGUGGGUCGGAAAUGAGAAAGGCUUUGCCGGAAGUACUUGCUGGUCGACCAUUAACCGGAGCAAACUAGCCAUCGGAAAAGCUGCCAUUGCUGAUUAUCUCAACAGUGGUGAGCCAAAAGGCAGAGACUGGUUGCCCGCGGAAUGUGACGUUUCAAUUCGACCAGGAUGGUUUUGGCACAAAGCAGAAUCGCCAAAGAAGCUAAGCAAGUUACUAGAAAUUUACUACAACUCAGUUGGAAGAAACUGUGUUUUACUACUCAAUGUGCCCCCUAACACAAUGGGGCUUAUAUCCCAGAAAGACGUAAAAAGACUCAAGGAAUUUAGAAAUGCAAUUGACACAAUAUUCUCCACUAAUUUGGUUGAGAAAUUCUUCUUAAUCAAGGCUAGUAGCCAAAGAGGAGGCAAAGGAAGUAGCUAUGGACCGGAAAACGUUAUCGAUAAUGACCAUUUAUGGACUUAUUGGUCCCCUAAGGAUGAUGAUGAUGCAAAAGGGGACCAUUGGAUUGAGUUCAGAUCAAGUACGGAUGAAGGGCUGAGAUUCAAUGUUGUUAGGAUCCAAGAAGCCAUUGGGCUUGGUCAGAGGAUCAAACGACAUGAGAUUUACGUGGAUGGUAAAAGAGUGGCGAAUGGAACGACAGUGGGUUACAAGAGACUUCACAGGCUUGAAGGUGGUGUGGUCCAUGGCCGAAUUGUGAGAAUUAGAAUCUUAGAAUAUAGAGCAUUACCAUUGAUAUCUUCUGUUGGUUUACAUUUUGAUCCAUAUUGGAACCCUUAAUUAAUUGGUUAGACUACGAAAGGGAAAAGACAAAUCUAUAGCUAACCAAUUUGUAUAAGAGAGCAAAUAUUAGACAUUGAUAUAUAUUAUCAACUACCUUUGUUUAGAUACUUAUCAAAAACUACCUAUGAUUAUUUAAUAAAUGAAUAAACUGCAAUAUUUUGCAGACUGCAGUA